AUGCAGAGCAACUGCUCGCUGGGCUCCAGCAGAGAAAGCCUGCAGGCCCUCUGCACAGCAGCGCCCGGCUCCUCGCCUGCGCUGCGCUCCCCUGCUGCCUGCCCUCUCACCUCCUCCCACUACCAAUUCUCCCUCAUCCCAGCUCUCUUCUCCGUCUUCUUCCUCCUGGGCUCGGUUGGCAACGGCGUGGUGGUGGCGGUGCUCUGCCGCCACGGCGGCCCCAGAACGGUGGCCAACGUCUACAUCUGCAACCUGGCCGUGGCGGACCUGCUGUGCCUCGCCACCCUUCCCUUCUGGGCCACCUACUACGCCCAGGGGUACAACUGGCUCUUCGGGUCCCUCGUGUGCAAGAUCUGCAGCUCCGUGCUCUGCCUCAACAUGUUUGCCAGCGUGUUCCUCAUGGCCUGCAUGAGCGUGGACCGCUACCGCGCCGUCGCCCACCCCAUCCGCUGCCAGAGGCGCUCUCCGCGGCAGGCGUACUCCGUGGUGCUGGGCGUGUGGGCUCUCGCCUGCUUGGCCUCCCUCCCCACCUUUCAUUUCCGGGACACCCGCUACGUCGAGAGCUUGGGGGUCACGGCUUGCAUCAUGGCCUUCCCCCCAGAGGCUUAUGCAAAGUGGUCUGCCACAACAGCCCUCCUGAAAAACGCUCUGGGCUUCUGCAUCCCGCUGGCCGUCAUCACCACCUGCUGCCUCUGCAUCAGGAGGCGCCUGCUGGCGGCGCAGAGCUUCGGGAAAAGCAGGCACAGGAGGGACAGAGUCCUCAAGCUGGUGGCUGCUGUCGUCGUAGCCUUCCUCAUCUCCUGGCUGCCCUUCCACGUUCUAACCUUCCUGGAUGCCUUGGCUCACCUGCAGGUCAUCAGCAGCUGCCAGGUGACGGGGGCCAUCGACGCGGCGCUGCCCUUCAGCCUCUGCAUGGCCUUCUCCAACAGCUGCACCAACCCUCUCCUCUACUGCUUCAUUGGCAACCAGUUCCAGGAGAGGCUCCACCACUUGCUUAAGCGGAGAGUUUCUCUGUUCAACAGCCACCAAGAGAGCUCUUCCUUGAGGAGAGGCAGCUGCCCCAGAGACGCUGAGACCCCCCCUGGGCAGGGAAGACGGCCCCAGGUCCUUGCUGUAAGCACUGGGGCAUGAUGUUUGGUGAUGGCAGUGGAGUUGGCUGCCCCUCACUCCUGUUCUCUUGGGUUUAGUGCCUGGCUGUUUGCAGGGGAAGAAGAUUUUCUCAUCCAUGGGGAUUUAUCCUUCUUUUCUGCAAGGAGUCUGACACAGAGUGAAGGUUCUGGCAAA